AGUGAUUCACAACCACUGAGCCUUGAUACAAUUCCACAUAAUCGGUCCAAAAGUUGACUACAAAUAGUCUUUGUUCGUCUAUCCAUGCCAGCAGUGUUAUAGAGACGGGCAGAACUUCCACCACAUCACAGAUGGGUUUGAUUUCAUGGUAUCUCCCCGCUCCCAUUCAGACAACUGAGUAAUGGCUUGGUGUGAAAUCUGGACCCGUUUAAUUGGAGACAAAAAUGCAACUUGCAAAGAAGGACCCAACCGGAAGCACGCCACCAUUCUGUACCCCAUCGCCCCUAGCCUGCUGACCACACCUACUGUCCUCAAUGGCAGGUUGAAAAGGCAAUGCAGACGCCAUUCCUGUGCUGCAGCUGCUCAAAAAUGCAAGGAAUUAUGUUGAGGAAUUGAGGACCUCCAUUUAGACCAGGGGUCACCAACGCGGUGCCCGCGGGCGAAUGGCAGCACGUGAGGACCAUAUAAGGCGCCCGCGAGCGGCUCUCUCCAAAGUCCCAGCAUGCAGAUCCUGGUGGUGGUAGCAGCUUUCAUGGGGGUUCUGUUCAGUGUCAGAGCAGCCGCCGUGCUUCCUGUGGAGGACAGGAGUCCCAUGCUGGGGCUGAACAGGGGACAGGACCUAGGCAAACAGCGCAAAGAGCUGAUCCUGAGGCUGGUGUCCAGCUUGCUGGAGGGGGCAUUGGACACCAACACACUCCCAGAGGAGACGUCGCCUGAGGAGCUGGAGGAGCCGCUGGGUUCGCGCCUGGAGGAGAGGGCUGUCUACAACAGGCUAUCACUGCCUCAGCGUGACCGCAAAGCCCCCUGUAAAAACUUCUUCUGGAAAACGUUCACCUCCUGCUAACAGAAAAAAAAAAGACGAAGAAGAAAUAAAGAGAAGCAGAAGCAACCCGAGCCCCUGCCAGCUCCUCAUGAACUGUAGUGAACCUCAGCUGUGCGCAUCACCUCCACCUGUCAUUGAUGGACUUCACAGGACACACUGUGUCACUUUUCAGUACAUGUACUGUAUUUACGUACCUAUUUAUGUAUACUAUGUAUGUAUGUAUUUAUGAAUGUGACAUCUUUUCAGGAUAAAAAACAAAUCAUUGUUGUAAUAUUCAAACACGGUAAAAUAAAUACAUCAGUCUGCUUGAAACAUACAAAUGUUGGAUGGCAAAAUGCAUGGCUCAAAUCUUUUUUGUUGCUUGAAAUAUUUACAUUUUAAGCUUGCAAACGUCAUAAAUAGUUGUAAUUAUAAGCAAGCCAAACAGUGGCAUUUAAUGUUUAAAAAAAACCCCUACAUAUACAUAAUUGGGAAUUGGCGUCUCUGCAUACGAUUGAGUAGAAUGCAUUUGUUUGACUGAAAACAUGCUCUCCCAAUUUCCAAAUACUGUAUCAAUAUUGUCAUCUAAUACAAAUAUUAAUUACAUACAAUGGAAAAUACUCAAAAUACCAAAAAUGGUCAAAUUUUCACUUUUAAUUAGCCAUGCCGUACACGAAUCAAAAACAAAAAGAGUGCGCGUCUGCCUCAAUUCUGAGGACUUUGGGUGAAAUCCUGGCCCCUCUGGUGUAGAAUUUGGAUGUUCUCCGCAGGCCUGCAUAGGUUUUCUCCAGGGACUCUGGUUUCCUCCAGACCCGAUGGAAGAUUGAUUUUAACUGAAUCAAAAUGCUUACAGAUUUAAAAGAUAAUUGUUUUGCGAGUCAGUUCAGAAUCCUUAAAUGUAUUUUCAUUGAGUCGUUGGUGCCGGUCUACAGCAACUAACCUGGUACUGUUCUGUCCUGACAGCUAUCCUUAGUUAAUCACGGCCAUAUGCCCGUGUCAUUAGGCCCAAAGUGGGGGGAAAAAAUCCUUUUACAGUGGACGCAAUGCCAUCAUGUUUGUAACCUCAAUAUCAGAAAGAACAGACAAAGAAAGACGCAUUCUAUGAGCUUGUUUCUCAUGUGUGUACCUAUUGGGUCGUGAGAAUGUACAAUUUGCAAGUAAAACAUCUUUAUGUUGAUUUAUUACAUGUGUGUGUAAAUGGCCAACCCUGUCAAUCCUUAUAUUUAGAAACAUUUAAUAAACAAACAAGCACUUUAACUAUAACCAUUCUGCAGAAUUAUUUUUUUUUUUUGUACAAUUGUCAUUCUGUACUAAAUAUGAGCCUGC